UGACAGAUAGUUUUGCCGUAUAAAGCGUAAAGUAGAUUGUUUAAUUAUUUUAAUCCGAAAAUAAGAAGAAUCCUGGUAAUUAUGAAUUAAUGCAGCAGUAGUAGCUGGUAGUUGCGAUAUGGCUGAGUAUCGAUCUGGUUCGUAUUGCGUGUCUUCUGGAGUAGGCAGUGAUUCAGAAGUCAUGGCCGAACUAGCAGCUUUGCUGCAUCAUGAAAUUCCUGAGGGAAGACACAAUCUCGCAGACAGUCAUACUAAUCUUGAACGUGUUGCGGAUUAUUGCGAGGCUAAUUAUUUUCAAGCAGACAAUAAAAGGAUUGCAUUAGAAGAAACAAAGAAUUAUACGACUCAAUCAUUAGCUAGUGUAGCAUAUCAAAUAAAUACUCUCGCUUAUAAUUUUCUUCAAUUAUUAGAUUUACAAACAUCUCAAUUAGCUGAGAUGGAAAGUCAGAUGAAUCACAUAGCUCAAACUGUAAUGAUACAUAAAGAAAAAGUUGCUAGGCGAGAGAUAGGUGUAUUAACGGCUAACAAAAUGACAGCCCGUCAAUAUAAAAUUAUAGCACCUGCAAAUCCUGAAAAGCCUAUUAAAUAUGUAAGAAAAAGCAUAGAUUAUACGAUUUUGGAUGACAUCGGUCAUGGUGUACGUAGUAGUGGCACACCAAGAAGUAAAGAAAGGGGUGGUAGUCAAGGUAGCGUUCAAAGUUUGGGUGCAACAUCUACUGGCUCUGGUUUAGCUGCAGCUAUGGUAGGACCUGCUCCUACUACUAAGCCACCGACUCCUCCACAAACAGUAAGGACUGGAACACUGAGUAAGGGUUCUCGAGAAUAUAGAACCCCACCUGCAGUUGCUCCACCUCAAGUUCCUAGUCAUUAUGCGCCAAAUUAUCCAUUGGGUCAUCCACGACGCGAGCGUGGUCCAGGAUAUAGUACUUUGCCAUUGCAUACUCAUACAACUUCUCAUUCUGUUCACAAUGCCAAUCAUUCUACUCACACAAACAAUAUGACACAACAUACUUCUCCACCUCAAGUGGGUACAGUUCAUCCGUUACAAAGUCAUCCACAGACUCCACCGCCAGCACCGCCAAGUGUGACAGGAGCUGCAGGAUAUAUACAGGAGCAACAUAAUAAUAUGCCCCCACCACCUUCUCCACUGGUCGGUAUCAGUGGAGAUAUGGCUGAUUAUAGUGGGCACCAUACUUUACCGCAUAGAUUAGCACAUCAAAUUAGUAGAAGUAGCGGUGCUAGCAGUCCACCACUGCCACCUCCUCCGCCUCCAGAACAAGAGGAGCAUCCUCAAUUCGGUAGACCAACUCCUUCGAGCGGUGCUAUAAUGCCUAUUGUACCGGAUGAAGAAGAUUUGCCUGGUUGGGUGCCCAAAAAUUAUAUUGAGAAAGUCGUUGCUAUUUAUGAUUAUUAUGCCGAUAAAGAAGACGAAUUGAGUUUUCAAGAGAGCUCUGUCAUUUACGUUUUAAAAAAGAACGAUGAUGGUUGGUGGGAAGGAGUGAUGGAUGGAAUAACCGGAUUAUUUCCCGGCAAUUAUGUCGAACCUUGCGUUUAGGCAUUUAUUAUGUAUACUUAUUAAGAAUUUUACGUAAAAGAGAUCAGUAUCUAGAAUUAAAAGACUGCUACAUUAAGGUAUACGCAAUGGAGCUUUGUAACUAUAACAUUAUUUGUUAUAUCUUCGAUUAGCAGGAAGUUAAAUGCGAACGGACCAUUUAUGUGAAAAUAAGCAGUCGAUAUCGAGUUUUCGAAAAUAUUUAACAUAGAAUGAGGUUCGUUGCUUUGAGGGGUAGCUAGUAAAAUACUCUUUGGCUCUUCCAAUGAUGUUACCAUGCAUCCAACGUUCGUAACUUUUUUUUUUCUUUUCGAAAAAUCAAACACAGAUAACUAAGCCAAAUUUUACAAUGUUGUAAGAAAAUGUAUUUUUCUCUACUCCAUAAUAUACUUUUUCUCCUGCAAUUAUAAUAAAGUAGGCGAUCUUCGUAAAUAACGUGUAAACCCAAUUUAAACUGCGUAUCAUUCGCAAAAUAUAUUUAUGUAUCUUAGCUAUUAUUAAAGUACUCAAAUAAUAAGCAAUCAAAAUACCAAACGUCCUAUCUAGUAAUAAAGAUUAAUGUAUUACCAUGUAACUGUGUUUAAUCACAGGAAGAAAGGGGUGGCAAAGUCAGGAGGGGCGGGGAGAGGGGAAGCUAACUAUGGUAAGAAAUAUCGCCAAAAUGCUCGUAAAGCGUCAAACGCUCCUGCAUUUUUGUAACAUUUUAUAGUACCUUUGGUGCAGUAUUGUAGCACGAUGCAUUUAUUUUAUUAAAAAUAAAAAAAUACACACACACGUACACAUAUAUAUAUAUA